GAUCUCUCUAUCUAACUCUCUCUCUCUCUCUCUCUCUCUCUCUCUCUCUCUCUCUCUCUCUCUCUCUCUCUCUCUCUCUCCCCAUUUAUAAGAGAAAUUGUGCAAUAGCCAACAAUGGUGGUCACUAGAACAUUGUUCUUAAUCUCAGCAACUCUGAUCAUGAUUCUAACACUCUUUGUUGAUGUAAAUGCAGGAAUUAAAUCCUGAGAGAUCAAGAAAUACAUCACUGGCGGAUUAUGAAUGGCAUGAACACGCCGUUAAAGACCCAGAAGAAGUAGCAGCCAUGGUCGAUAUGAGCAUACGAAACAGUACAGAGCGAAGGAAGCUAGGCUACUUCUCCUGCGCAACCGGAAACCCAAUCGACGAUUGUUGGCGAUGCGAUAAAAAAUGGCAUCGCCGGAGGAAACGUCUAUCAACUUGCGCGAUCGGAUUCGGCCGCAACGCCGUCGGAGGACGCGACGGACGUUUCUACAUCGUAACCGAUCCAUCGGAUCACGAUCCGGUUAAUCCCAAACCGGGUACGCUUCGAUACGCAGUUAUCCAGGACCAACCGCUCUGGAUCGUCUUCAAGCGCGACAUGGUCAUCACGUUAAGCCAAGAGCUAAUCAUGAACAGCUUCAAAACCAUCGAUGGUCGUGGCGUGAACGUUCACAUCGCUGGUGGAGGCUGUAUCACGAUUCAGUACGUGACGAAUAUCAUUAUUCACGGGAUUAGUAUUCAUGAUUGUAAACGAACCGGUAACGCGAUGGUUCGGAGCUCGGAGACGCAUUAUGGUUGGAGAACGAUGGCGGAUGGUGAUGGGAUCUCGAUUUUUGGGUCGAGUCAUAUUUGGAUUGAUCAUAACUCGUUAUCGAAUUGUGCUGAUGGGUUGAUCGAUGCGAUUAUGGGAUCUACUGCUAUCACUAUUUCGAAUAACUAUCUCACUCACCAUAACGAGGCUAUUUUGUUGGGGCAUACCGAUUCCUACACGAGAGACAAAAUGAUGCAAGUGACCAUUGCAUACAACCAUUUUGGAGAGGGUCUUAUACAGAGAAUGCCAAGGUGUAGGCAUGGAUACUUCCAUGUGGUAAACAACGAUUACACUCACUGGUUAAUGUACGCAAUCGGUGGAAGUGCUAAUCCUACCAUCAACAGUCAAGGAAACCGGUUUCUUGCCCCGGGAAACCGUUUUGCUAAGGAGGGAAAGGAGAAUGGAACCAUUGGAACUGGAGAUCACAAGGAGACUUAAUGCUUAAUGGUGCUUACUUCACUUCCUCUGGAACUGAAUCUUCUUCAAGCUACGCUAGAGCCUCAAGUUUAGCUGCUAAAUCAUCUUCCAUUGUAGGAAUGCUUACCUAUAAUUCGGGUGCCUUAAAAUGCAGGAUCGGUACGCGUUGUUAAUCAUUUGUAUAACCUCCGAAAACUAAAACAGAACAUAUAUAGAAAAAAAUAUGAAAAAUGGGGAAGAAAGAAGAAGAAGAACUCGUUUUUCUUCGUUCCCAUGUUUUGACUCCAAGUUUUUAGUAUAGUUACAUUGCUCUCCACACUAUAUUUUUCUUUAAAUAGAUUGUUUUCAAUUGGCAAUUA